ACCGUUUCUCCGAUUGCUGUAAAUGGUUCGGAGGGAAAGUAUAUAAGGAGGGCGCAGUCUUACAGUCUCACUGCAGACUCAUUUUCUCAGAUUUUCCCUUUGCCUUCAGUAGAAACCAAGCUAAGAAUGGCCUUCAAGGGUGUCCUUAAGGACGAAAACGUCACUGCAGCUCUGCAGGAGUGUCAAGCCGCUGACUCCUUCAACUACAAGGCCUUCUUUGCUAAGGUCGGUCUGAGCGGCAAGUCUGCUGAUGACGUGAAGAAAGCCUUCGAAAUCCUGGAUCAGGACAGGAGCGGUUUCAUUGAGGAGGAUGAACUGAAACUGUUUCUGCAGAACUUCGCUGCAGGCGCCAGAGUUCUUACUGAUGCUGAGACCAAGGCAUUCCUUGCCGCUGGUGACUCCGACGGUGACGGCAAAAUCGGAGUUGAUGAGUUCGCUGCCCUCGUUAAGGCAUAAACAGACCAAGUCCAACCCUCUUACCUUGAAGGAACCAGUAACCACGUUGUCCAAGACCUGCCUUUCUCAUCCAUAUUACACAGAAUUUUUAUACAUUUGUUUUAUGAAAUGCCUGGACAUUGUUUCUCCCUUUGCAGCAACAUUGCCCCACAUAAUAACCAUUGUAAAUGUAGCUCGGUUGUGUUUUAUAUCUUAAAUAUGCAUUGUGCUGACGUAACAUCUUGGAUGCACUUUCAGAAAGGGUAAAUGACAAAAGAAUACAUCUUCUUUUGGAACACACUGUUCUGUCAUUUUCUUUUUAUUUGGAAUACCAGCCUGUUUCCCUCAUGGGUGGGCUAGAGCUAGGGUUCACACACAAACUAUUUCAUGAUAUGAUUUCAUUGGGGUUUAUAUAAAAACAAUGUACACAAAUGAACACGUUUAUUAUCAUAUGACAAUGCAGCCCAUAUAGCCUAACUGAAACAUGCUUGUCUUUUUUACCAUUCCAUAAGAACUACACCUGGAAUUCCAUGAACAUUGUGUGUGUGUUUGUGAGAGCGUGUGUAUAUGAGUGUGUGUGUUGGGGGGGGAGUGUGUGUGUAUGUAUAUGAGUGUGUGUGGGGGGGAUUGUAGGGGGGAGUGUAUGUGAGUGUGUGUCUGUGUGUGUGUGUGUGUGUGUGUUUAUUUAUUUAAUAUUGUAUUAAUUAAGCAAUAGAACCCAAAGAAGAGCUCUAUAUUCGUAGAAUUCCAUCUGUCUCUUAAGCCUUCAGUUGGGCUUCAUCAGAGCGUGUGUUAAUCCUGAUCAUGCUGUUUGUUCAGUUACUUGUUCACAGUGUGUGUUCAUAAAGUCAAAGCCUCCUUCUCCUGGCUUUAGAAGAGAUGCGACGUGCCUGUGUUGUUACUGUGGCAUGCUUAAAUAAAGUUGCUGAAAGUAA